AUGAACGGAGCGAUACCAGAAGUGACAGAGUCGGGUCCGUACACAUUUACAAAGAAGGUGACGAACAAGGUGCUUUCACAUGAGAAUGGUAUAGUGAAGUUCAAGCGAUUUAUCUCCUACACCUUCAACGAGACUGAAUCUUGUCUAACUUGUAUACUAGGAAAUCGGAUAUGGAUUCCGAAUAUGAUCUAUCAGAAAUUUGUCGAGGCUGCGUCUACUGUAGGAAUGCGUGCAGCUGCAACGACACUUCUCUCACAAACCGCGUUCCUUGAAGUGGAAGUGGGAGAGUUCCUGUUCGAAGGAUACAAGGAUCCUUUCCUUGAUAAGGUGUGCGAAAUUCCUUUCAUGAAUUUCGUCUGCGAUUCGAUUCUUGACCUACCGGAUCGAAUUGGGAUGUUCUAUGAGGCGAACAACACAGCUGAUGGAGUUUAUGAGAUCCACGACGGCGUGGACAAUCCUCAGGAUCUCGGUAAAAUCGAAACAUGGAAUGGCAAGAAAUCAGUUGACCCUUCAUGGUCCAUAUGGCUCGAAUUCGAGAAAGAGGUGGAGUACGAAGGCAUACCGGCUUAUCGCUUCAUAGUUCCUCCUGACGUGUUUGAUCCAACUAUCCCUGAAAAUGAUGGCUUCUGCAAUCCCACUGACAAGAAGUUCUUCGAAUCACAAAACGAGACCGAUGACUGCUUUCCCAAGGGACUUCUGGAAAUAAGCAAGUGCCAGCGGAGUCAACCUCCAAUUAUGAUCUCACUACCGAAUUUCAAUUUUGCCCCCGAUGAAGUGCGACAAUCUGUCAAAGGACUCAACGAUACCGAUCCCGAGCGAGACAUUAUCCUUGUCGAUAUUGAGCCUCGCUUGGGUGCUGUGCUUCGCGCUCAUCGGCGGUCACAAGUGAACAUCGAGAUGUGGAAGGGAAAGGAUCUCGUCUUCCCCGUCAAUCUCAACAAGACCCGAUCAUCGUUGAUUCCGGUGCUGAUCAUUCAUGAAGAUGCCACUGUCGACCUCGACACCCUAAACAGUAUCAGAAACGAGUUAAUUCGAACAGAAUGGUGGGCCCAUUCGAUCGCAACCGCUAUGGCCGGUGCAGGAUUAGCUGUCAUCGUCAUUGCUGCAAUUUAUGCUCUCUUCAAGUCCAAAUUAUUGCGAGGAGGCAAAUCCGACUCAGUCUCACCGUUACCCGCUUACGAACCACGAGAAUCGUCGAACGGUAAAGGAACCUUUAUGUAG